GCAUCUGCAGCAAGGCCACUUCUAUUAGGAUCACUUUCUACUAUUCGCUUUCUUCAGCCAUCAGUAUUUAUAUGUAGAAAGUGGAGUGCCUGGGGCCCCUCGCCCACGUUGGAGGUCACUGCAAGGUCACAAAGGCCACAGACCGUAUUGACUGCAGCGGAGACACACUGGCUAGAAAACUCAGAGGACAAUAUUUGAAGACCUUUGCUUGUGUUGCCUGUGACCCGGGUCAUGCCCUGGAAACUAAAGGAGAUCCUGUCCUCAAAGCCUUUUAAUUGCUGGACUAAAGACUGAAUGCCGGCCUUGUUCAAAACCAAAGCCACUGCUGGUCCAGCUAGGAAUUGGUGAACCAAGCAGAAAAUUCCAGGGCACAGGCCAUUGCAGGCCCCAGUUUGGAAGAUUCUGUUCCCACAACCUGACAGCAUGAGCCAGCCCGUGGCUGCCAUGUUCCUGGUUCCAGCCCUGCUCCAGCUGAGCUUGAAGAGUUGGGCUCUGUGGAGGGGACGAAGGGGAGAAUGGGAAAGACCCCCCAGUGCAGGCCAGGAGGAGACCUGGGGCUGGCACUGGCUUGGCCCCGGCACCUCCAAUGGAUCUGGUCCUGCCAAACUCCAAGCCCCUUCCCCAGGAAGCAUCCUGGUCUCAGAGACAACGGUCCAUGGCUUACAGGCUGCCGGGCCCUGGGAGGAGGCUGCUGAGCCCCAGGCCAUGGUCCAGUCUCGCCGGACCUGGAACCUGGGAGCCACGCCCUCGCUGCGAGGACUGUGGAGAGUGGGCCGGGCCCCGGAGCCCGAGCUGGGGAUGGCUCGCCCCGCCCCAGCCAGCCCUGCCGCCCGCCCUUUCCCACACACCGGCCCGGGGAGGUUGAGAACUGGACGUGGAAAAGACACCCUGGCUGGCGGUGACGAGGACUCUAGUGCCCGAAGUGCAGCUCGCCCAGCUCUAGCUCAGUGCCGAGCCCUCAGUGUGGACUGCACUGGCCCCGGGAGCCCCCGCAGGCUCUACCUGAGCGUGCAGCCGGCCCUGCAGGACAAGGGGUGCAAGAACAAGAGUCAGGGGACGAAAGAAGAGAAGCUCCUGAAGAGGCAGGCGCCGGCCCCCAAGCGGGACCGGGAGGCCCAGGAAGCUGGUGGCACCAUGAAUGUAGAGAAAACAGGUGGGCGGCUGUUUGGCAGCGGGAGGUGCUCGAGCCUUUCGGGGCCCCCAGGUGCGGCCCCUGUGGUGCAUAGGAUGGUGGAGGCCAUGUCCCAGCUCCAGGAGGAGAAAGCCCGACUACAGGAGGAGCUGGCGGCCCUACGGGAGAAGCUGGCCCUCCACGACAGUGACCAGACAGCCACAUCUACCCAGCUGCAGAACCAGGUGGAAAACCUGAAGGAGAGGCUCAUUAGCCAGGCCCAGGAAGUGAGCCGCCUCCGGUCAGAGCUGGGAGGCACCGACUUGGAGAAGCAUCGGGACCUGCUGAUGGUGGAGAAUGAGCAACUGAGGCAGGAGAUGCGGCGCUGUGAGGCUGAGCUGCAGGAGCUGCGGGCAAAGCCAGCGGCCCCCUGCACGGGCUGCGAGCACAGCCAGGAGAGCGCCCAGCUCCGUGACAAGCUAUCACAGCUCCAGCUGGAGGUGGCAGAGAACAAAGGUGUGUUGUCAGAGCUGAACCUGGAGGUGCAGCAAAAGACCAACCGGCUGGCGGAAGUGGAGCUGCGGCUCAAGGACUGCCUGGCCGAGAAAGCGCAGGAAGAGGAGCGGCUCAGCCGGCGCCUGCGUGACAGCCACGAGACCAUUGCCAGCCUGCGGGCCCAGUCGCCGCCUGUCAGGUAUGUCAUCAAGACGGUGGAGGUGGAGUCGUCCAAGACCAAGCAGGCCCUCAGUGAGUCCCAGGCCCGGAACCAGCACCUGCAGGAGCAGGUGGCCAUGCAGAGGCAGGUGCUGAAGGAGAUGGAACAGCAGCUGCAGAGCUCCCACCAGCUGACCGCACAGCUCCGGGCGCAGAUCGCCAUGUACGAGUCGGAGCUGGAGCGGGCACACGGGCAGAUGCUAGAGGAGAUGCAGUCCCUGGAGGAGGACAAGAACCGGGCCGUCGAGGAGGCCUUCGCCAGAGCCCAGGUGGAGAUGAAGGCCGUGCACGAGAACCUGGCAGGCGUCCGGACCAACCUGCUGACACUGCAGCCAGCCCUGCGGACCCUCACCAAUGACUACAAUGGGCUCAAGCGACAGGUGCGCGGCUUCCCCCUGCUACUGCAGGAGGCCCUCAGGAGCGUCAAGGCCGAGAUUGGCCAGGCCAUUGAGGAAGUCAACAGCAACAACCAGGAGCUGCUGCGCAAGUACCGCCGGGAACUGCAGCUGCGCAAGAAGUGCCACAACGAGCUCGUGCGGCUGAAAGGGAAUAUCCGGGUGAUUGCUCGUGUCCGGCCAGUCACCAAAGAGGAUGGGGAAGGACCUGAGGCGACCAAUGCAGUGACCUUCGAUCCUGAUGACGACUCCAUUAUCCACCUGCUGCACAAAGGAAAGCCUGUAUCCUUUGAGCUGGACAAGGUCUUCUCCUCGAAGGCCUCACAACAGGAUGUGUUCCAGGAGGUACAGGCCCUCAUCACCUCCUGUAUUGACGGUUUCAACGUCUGCAUCUUUGCCUAUGGCCAGACGGGUGCUGGCAAGACGUACACGAUGGAGGGGACCCCUGAGAACCCAGGCAUCAACCAGCGGGCCCUGCAGCUGCUCUUCUCUGAGGUGCAGGAGAAGGCAUCCGACUGGGAGUACACCAUCACCGUCAGCGUAGCCGAGAUCUACAACGAGGUCCUCAGGGACCUGCUGGGGCAGGAGCCCCAGGAGAAACUGGAGAUCCGGCUGUGCCCAGAUGGCAGCGGGCAGCUGUAUGUGCCAGGGCUGACCGAGUUCCAGGUGCAAAGCGUGGACGACAUCAACAAGGUGUUUGAGUUCGGCCACACCAACCGCACCACAGAGUUCACCAACCUGAACGAGCACAGCUCCCGCUCACAUGCCCUGCUCAUUGUCACCGUGCGUGGCGUGGACUGCAGCACCGGCCUCCGCACCACUGGGAAGCUGAACCUGGUGGACUUGGCCGGCUCAGAGCGAGUGGGAAAGUCGGGGGCCGAGGGCAGCCGUCUGCGGGAGGCGCAGCACAUCAACAAGUCACUGUCAGCCCUGGGGGACGUUAUUGCUGCCCUGCGCUCCCGUCAGGGCCACGUGCCUUUCCGCAACUCCAAGCUCACCUACCUCCUGCAGGACUCGCUCAGUGGGGACAGCAAGACCCUCAUGGUGGUACAGGUGUCCCCCGUGGAGAAGAACACCAGCGAGACGCUCUACUCCCUCAAGUUUGCUGAGAGGGUCCGCUCUGUGGAGCUGGGCCCCGGGUCCCGCAGGGCAGAGCUGGCAUCCUGGUCCAGCCAGGAGCAUCUGGAGUGGGAGCCAGCCUGCCAGACGCCACAGCCUUCGGCUCGAGCCCAUUCGGCCCCCAGCUCUGGGACCACUAGCCGCCCAGGCUCCAUCCGGAGGAGGCUGCAGCCCUUGGCCUGAGGCUGGGGCUGCAGAGUCUCCAGGGAAGUCGAGGCCGUUGCCUGUGUGAUAGACACGUCUACCCUGCCGUGCCAGGGGCUGGGUCCCGAGGCCUCACUGGCCUACUCCUGCUGCAGCCCAGGAGACGGAGGCCAGAGUGGAGGCUCCUCUUCUCUGCCUCCCCUCAGACAUGAGAAACAUGUUCAGAAGGAAAUGGUGUCUCAGCUGUGGCUCUGGGUACAAAUGGCAUGGGAUGGAGGGCAGGAGUGGCCUGCUCCGCCUGGCAGACCCAGGCCUUCAGAGGGCCCUCACGGGGAGGGCAGCAGUGGGGGAGGGUGGGCCCGCGCCCGGGCUGGCCAGACCUCCCAGCCUGCAGGGCACCCUCUGUAGUGGGUGGCCUGGCAGGCACAGGACCAUGGGAAUGGGGCAGUUGGUGGGCACCCCAGGGCAGUCCUGCGCCCCCACUGGGCAUGUACAUAGUGUUCAUUAGUGUACAUAGGAGGCCGGCCCUGCCUGCCACGGGCCGCGCUGUAUUUAUGGCUGAGGCCAGAGGGCCGGGAUUCUGCGGCUGCCGCCAUCUGCCUGACACCCGGCGCUCGCCUUGCUCACUGGCCUCUGGACAUCGUCCUCCCUCUGAAAUCCUAUUUAAGAACUUUUGGAAGCUUAGCCAUUUUUACUUAUUAAAAUAAAAGCCUUUUUACACAAGUGUAGCCUGAAAGAGUUGGUCCUGUGAGCCCCGGUCGGGCCACAGGAAGCAGGGCAUC